AUGAAGUUCACAUGGAGCAUCGCCAGCGCGGCUCUGCUGGCCACCCGCGCCCAGUGCGAGAUCCUUUGGGAUGGUCGUUUCAACGACAUGACCUCUGCCACUGACCUCGACAAGUGGUCCUGGAGCAGCCAGGUCGGUCCCUACCAGUACUACAUCCACGGUUCCGGCGCCACCACCGACUACGUCAACCUCUCUUCCGACUUCAAGAACCCGGCCGACACGGGCUCCAAGCAGGGUGCCAAGAUCUCCCUGACCAGCACCUCCUUCUGGAACGGCCAGACCAUGCGCCGUACCGAGCUGAUCCCCCAGACCACCGCCGCCAUCGGCAAGGGCAAGCUCUUCUACCACUUCUCCCUGAAGCGCAGCGACACCAACGCCCCUUCCCUCAACAAGGAGCACCAGAUCGCCUUCUUCGAGAGCCACUUCGUCGAGAUGAAGUCUGGCUGGCAGAGCGGCGCCACCGGCACCGAGGACCCCCUCCUCCGUUGGGUCGUCGGCGGCAAGACCGAGUGGAGCGUCAACUGGGACGCUGACGUCUGGCACAACGUUGCCUACGAGAUCGACUUUGACGGCGGCUCCGUCGGCUUCUGGCACUCUACCGGCGCCGAGGCCCUGACUCAGGUCGUUGCCCCCGUCACUGCCUCCGCCUCCAGCAACGUGUACGAUACCAAAGCUGCCCGCUCUUUUGAUGUCUGA